AUGGCGAACCUAGGUAUGCUCACAAGAGUGUUCCUCGUCCUUGCGGCUCUCACACCUAUUGCGCAAGGCACUCAGCCGCACGCGGGUAACUCAACCUACUACAAUCCCAUCCUUCCCGGCUUCCACCCUGAUCCUAGCUGCAUAUCCGUCCCUAAGUGGAACGACACGUUCUUCUGUGCGUCUUCGAGCUUCAAUGCGUUUCCGGGUAUCCCCAUACAUGCCAGCAAGGACCUGCAGAAUUGGAAACUCAUUGGCCAUGUGCUCAAUCGACGCGAGCAGUUACCACGUCUCGCUGAGACGAACAGAUCGACCAGGUGUGUUCCCCGGUGUCUUGGUCUGUGGGAGGCUGGGAGCUGGACUGAUUCUACUACCAGCGGUAUCUGGGCACCGACACUGAGAUAUAAUAACGGGACGUUCUGGUUGAUUACUACGCUGGUCGACGAUGACCGCGACGCCGAUGAUGCAUCGCGAUGGGAUAACAUCAGCUUCAGAUCUGAUGAUCCUUUUGACCCUGCUUCGUGGACCGUCGCCACGCACUUCAACUUUGAAGGCUACGAUACUUCACCGGUAUGGGAUGUCGACGGCAGAACCUACAUCGUCGGGUCACACGCCUGGAAAGUCUUGGUCGUUCUGCUAACUGAGGAAAGCCCUGGCAUUCAGUUAGCCGAGGCGGACUUGGACACCGGCGAAGUCGGCGAUUGGAUGACGAUUUGGAAUGGUACAGGGGGCACGGCACCUGAGGGACCUCAUAUCUAUCUCAAGGAUGGCUGGUACUACCUACUAGCAGCCGAAGGUGGCACUGGCCUGGAGCACAUGGUCACGAUGGCCAGAUCGAAGAGUCUCCAUGGUCCCUACGAGGACAAUCCCCAAGAUCCCGUGCUUACGAAUGCGAACACGACCAGUUACUUUCAGACCGUAGGCCACGCAGACCUGUUUCAAGAUAACACAGGCAAUUGGUGGGGUGUGGCCUUGUCGACGCGAUCAGGGCCAGAAUAUCUAUACUACCCCAUGGGUCGCGAGACCGUCAUGGUACCAGUCACAUGGGAGACCGACGAGUUUCCAAUCUGGUCUAAGGUCAGGAGUGAGAUGAGCGGCUGGGUCAUGCCACCUCAGGACAUCGACAUCGGCGGGAGAGGGCCAUUCAUCGAUGAAGGAGAUGCCAUCGACUUUGAGCCAGGAUCCGAACUACCAGCGCAUUUCACGUACUGGAGAUACACGAUCGCGGAGUCGUAUACCAUAUCACCGCCAGGGCACCCAAACACACUUCGACUGAGCCCCUCGAGCCUCAAUCUCACCGCUUUGGACGGCAACUACGCGGGUCCGAGUGGGCAAACGCUCGUUGGACGCCGUCAGCAAGAUACCCUGUUCACAUACAGCGUCAACCUUGAUUUCGAGCCAGCAGCUAUCGAAGACGAGGCAGGCGUGACAGUCUUCUUGACGCAGAAUCACCAUCUAGACUUGGGCUUCGCGAUGCUUCCGGCGAACAGCAGCACCAUGGCCUUUCCAGGGACAAACUCGACCUUGAAUACCAACUCGACAGAGCUAAUACCGCAAUUCCGAUUCAGAGGAAUAUCCUAUAUCCCCGUUCCAGACGAUGUUAUUGCGCCUAUACCUGCGGCCUGGGUCGGCAGGACACUAAAACUCGAGAUCAGGGCCAGCAACAUGACGCACUACUCGCUCUCUGCUGGACCGGCCGAUGCCAUGUCUGAGAUGAAGACCAUCUUGGAUGUGUCUAACGAUGCAGUUAGUUGGGGGUUUACAGGUAAGAGCUUCUUGUGUUGUCUGGUGUUCGAUAUGGUGCUGACGUAA